AUGCAGCCUGUGGCGGGGCCCUCCAAACCGUCUAGCACCUCCCAAGCGCGAAGGUCGCCCUCGGCACCAGGCAAUCCACAGAUUACUCGGAAACGUGUGAUAUAUAGCUGUCAAACAUGUCGUCGGCGCAAAGUCAAAUGCGACAAGACACUUCCAGUAUGCGGAAACUGCGCGAAAAAUAGUACCGAGUGCGCCUACGACGCGGAACUACAGCAAGAUACCACGCAGACCAACCGUAAACGGACGAAUAGAACCAAACGGCGGAGAGACACUCGACACUCGGAGGAAAAUGCAGAUGAACGACUGCCGACCUAUGCUCCUUCGAGGCAGGCAUCAUCAUCACAUGGCCAGAAAACAGAUCUAAGCGCAGUUGAAGCCCACCUGGCUCAACUUGUAUCGCUCGUUGAACGGCUACGGAAGGAUAACCAGGCUCAUGGGUCAACAGAGAUGUCAACGGCUUCAUUACGCCCUAGCGUGGAGACAGCGCCGAUGGAUGACGGCAACCUUCCGAGAAAAUCGAUCGCUGCACAACCGGACAGUCCGUUCAGCGCUGAUUGUAGCAGCGAUGACUUUCCCAUCCCAAACGGUCAGACUACGGAUCUGGUGGAUCCACUGGAAACUUCAAAUUUGGGCCACAUGUCUUUGGGGGAUGGCGGGAGGUCGAGAUACGUUGGAACGACGUAUUGGGCUUACAUUUCCCAUGAGAUGGAGGAGCUCAACCAAUUGCUCGGAAACCAGAAUCAGUCGCAUAAUUUAGCAGCAGGUAGUGAUACCCCAACCGAUUCAAUUUCUAGCAAGCGAAGACAGCGCAAAGGAUCGAUAAGCAGCCAAACCACCAGCCAAACCACGCGCUCUCCCUUCCCACUUGGCUUCUCGGGGCCCAUCCAAAAAGCUGUUUGCAUCCCAUCGGCUUAUUUAUCACCAAAUGAUAAAGCGGUCGAGCCAUAUAUGCUUGAGCAUGUUCCGACAAAAUGGCAGAGUGACAUUCUCUACAAGGCAUUCAUGUCUGGUGUCCACUCACUGAGUCCGAUUAUUCACCCGCCGAUGAUAUUAAAUCUUUACAAUGCCUUUUGGGACUGGUACGACUGCAAAAGCCAUACAGGGGAGCCAUGUCCUAGUUCUUCUUUCAUUCCACUCUUAUACGCGAUAUGGUUUGGAGGGUCAGUUUCAAUUUCUAUGAGAACAAUGGAGACGGAGUUCAAUACUUCGUCACGAGCCAUGCUCUCGACAAAGUAUAGCGAGGAGGUCACUUCGUGGUUGGCAAAGAUCUCGUUUCCCCACAGCGUCACCCUUCACGGCCUGGCGGCCUAUCUUAUUACCCAGACAAUCUUGUCAAGAGAGGAAGAACCCCUGGCAAGUAGUUUGUUUGUUAGUUUAGCAGUGAGAGUGGCGCAGACCUUAGGGUUACAUCGGGAUCCCUCCCAUUUUAAUAUCGACCCAUGGGAGGCAGAGUUCCGACGCCGAUUGUGGUGGCAUAUCAUGCAUAUGGAUGCCGUUAUCGCGAUGUCGAGUGGGCUUCCGCCAUUGCUUACCGAUACAACGUAUUGGGAUGUUCAUGAGACAAGCGAGGUCAAGGACACCUUGUUGGGUACUGCUGAAGCCAAACAUUAUGAACAAUUGGUUGCCCACGGCCAGCGAACAGCUGAUAAUCCAGACAAUCCAACACUUUGUGGUGGGCCAUCGAUGGUCAACGUGUAUUAUUUGAACGCAAAGGCCAAGUGUAUAAUGGCCCAGUCUGUUCGUAAAAUACUUAAAAUUCAGCUGGGCACGAAACCUCUAACAAGAGGGGAUAUGGUGGAGCUUCGCUCUGUGCUUCACGAUCUUCAAGUCAAACUCAACUUCAUCAUAAGCCGAAUUCCAGAGGCAACGACAACUGAAAAACUAACAGCGUCGUCAAAACGAGCUCCUCACUCGUCCGCGGCAGAACUUCCUAUUGAAGGUUCAUCUUGUUGCCAGGAGCAAUAUCACUCAGUAGCAUUUUGUGUUGCGUAUCAACCAUUCCUCAGAAAUCCCCGAAGCCGAAUCUGGCCCGUAGCACGCCAAAGUGCCCUACGACACUGCUAUGCAUUCAUGGAAAAGUUUAUUCGAUUGGCGACGGAUCCUGACUUUCAGCCGUUCCAAUGGGGCUGGCCUGGGAAUCAUCAACCUAUGCAUGCAAUGAUGAUUAUUCUCAUCGACUUGUAUGAACGACCCUAUAGCCCCGAAGCCUCCAUGUCACGCGGAUUUGUUGAUCAAAUCCUGUCCCUUUCUGGUCCAGACGGGGGCGUCGUAAGUGGGGGAGAUGACAUCUUCACCCGACGUCCAUUGAGGAACGGAGGCCGCGAGGCCUGGGGUAUGAUCCGUCGUCUGCGCCAAAAGGCCUGGCAGAAAGCCGGGCUGAACCCCCAAUUGCCCUGGAUGGCACAAGAUUGGCCAACCGAGUCCGAGUUUGCGAAUGCGCCUUACUUCAAAUCCAUGUCAUUCGCCACUGUGGCCGCCCCUACUACUCGUGCAGCUGCAACUACCGCCCUCUCACGCGACAGAGCAUUUGCCCCUGACUUGGCUUUUGCUCAUUCAUCCGCCGCUACUAUCCCAACUCAACAAUCCCUCGUUGACUCUUCUACAGUGAAAUUCCUAGAUACCGCCGGUCAGAACAUAAUGACCGCUUCUGAGCCUUCUGUCCCAUUCAUGACCGACCUGAGUCUCAAUUUCGAUUGGGGUGAAUGGGACAAUGUCUUUGGGCAAUCCUUACCUGUCGCGGAUGAGCUUAUGGAGCUUGAUCAAGUCACGGGGCUUGCAUUUGCGGACUUGGAAAAUGGCGAUAUGUAA